AUGCUCUCCGCAGCGCUGGAGCUCGUACGGGAAUGGGUGCCCUUUCUCAGAACUUGGUUCUUUGUCGCGUUGGCAAUCGUAUCCUUGCUCACCCUUGGAUGGGUACUUUAUCACCGUUAUAGAUUCGGUCGUCAUGUCCCUGGGCCCUGGCUACCAAAGGUGUCUGGUAUUCCUCUAGCUUGGUAUGACAUCUGGUAUUGCCGAAACGACCAUAUUCUUCAAUGGCACCGGCAGUAUGGUCCUGUUGUGUGCAUCGCCCCGAACGAGGUCUCUGUGGCCACGCUGGAGAGCACAAAGGACAUCUACGGCACAACCCUUCGAUGGCCCAAGAGCAAUUACUUUGACCACUUUAAGGGAUAUGGCAUGCGGUCCGCUUUUGCGACCAAGCCCUACGAGGAGCACCGGGCAAAACGUAAGCUAAUCUCGGCCUUUUAUCAACCUACAACCAUAUACAAGCUACCACAAAUCGAACACUAUGUGCAAGAGCGUUCCCGAGCAGUGCUGCGAGAGAUCCAACAUGGGCAGGGGGUUGACGUCUACAGCCUGACAGACUGGUACGCGCUUGAUAUCAUUACGCACCUGGUGCUUGGACCUGACUUCGGUUCUCGUGCCAUCGAAUGUCCUUGCCCUGAGCGCGACAUUCUCGCCCUUUUAAAGCACCAACAGUUUGUCGGUUCGUUGCGCAUGCGGUAUCCGAACGCCUAUCACUAUAUCUCCUGCAUAUUCGGGAAGCUCACUCCACGCCUGCGUUAUCUACAGGCAGACAAUGAAUUCGCAUCCUGGUGCAAGCAACGCACGCUGGGGGCAAUGGAGGCGCCCAGCAUGUCUAAUUCUCCAUCUCUCCUCCGACACCUCCUGGAAAUCCGCGGGAGCGACGGGGAAAAGAAAAAGCAGCAGCUCGACCGGGAAUACGUCGUCGCCGAAAUCCUCGAUAACAUCAAUGCAGCCGAGGCCACAGUUUCCGUGACGGCGACGUAUCUCAUCUGGAGAUUAACAGAGGCCCCAGAGUGGCAGCGGAAAAUACGCAAGGAACUGACGGCCUUGCCCGUGCAACCCGACGGCUCAUUGGCCUUUGCCGACCUCGACAGUCAUGUUCCCUCGCUGGAAGCUUGUCUGCGUGAGGUCUACCGUUUGCAUCCAGCCUCCAGUGGACGAGCCGAGCGUGUCGUUCCCCAGGGUGGCCAUGUCCUGUGCGGAGUCUUUCUCCCACAAGGCACCAUCGUUUCGACCUCCGUUGUGGCACUUCAUCGGGACGAGCGUAUCUUCCCCGAUCCAGAUCGAUUCAAUCCGGGAAGAUGGCUCGACGAGGACCCAUUGACGCUAAAGAUGCGAGAGGCACAGCUCAUUCCGUUUGGGUAUGGUGCCAGGAUUUGUUUAGGGAAGGCGCUGGCAACAUUGGAGAUUAAAAUGCUCAUUGCAAACUUAUAUCUCAGGUACGAGACCGUCAUGGGCAGUUCGACGACUCCGGAGUCGAUGAAGCAGUGUAGCACCCAUGACGCGGUGCCGAAGGCCCUGAAGUGCGUGGUGCGGUUUCAAGAGGUUGCUGAGGAGCUUUAG